AUGGUGUCUCUUGGAAACGGACUGCUGCUCAGUUGGGGUGUUUUUAUCGACGAAUACGAUGCUAACGUGUAUCCUGGUCAACUGACUGAGCUCACCUGGAUCGGCUCACUGUGGUACUGUCUCACAAACAUCAGUGGACCCUUUUACAUUUACAUGGCGUCCAAGGUGGAUGACCGGUACAUUGUCGCUGUCUCAUGUCUUUUGAGCACACUGGCCAUGAUGAUGGCAAGCUUGACCAAUUCGGUUUGGCAGUUGUAUAUCACUCAAGGUAUCAUGUCUGGUAUUGGCUCGUCGUUGCCCUGGUUUUCCUGUAUGCGCGGGCCUCAGAUGUGGUUUUCAAAACAUCGUGGAUUUGCAGUGGGUUUGACGAUGUCGGCUUCUGGUGCAGGUGGUCGCUCAUUCUCCUACGUUACUCGAGCAUGUUUCAACACGAUUGGGUAUCGCUGGGCUCUCCGAGUACUCGGAUUCAUGCAAUUCGGCCUUCUCGCUGUCGCAUCCAUCACCUGCUGGCGCUUAAACCCACCCGCAAAAAAUGUCCCUAUUGUCGAUGUUGGCGAUCUGAAGAACAAAAAGUUCCUUGUUCUUCUUUUCAUCCACUUUAUCGGUAAUUUCGCAUUCUACAUUCCUUCCGGAUUCGUUCCGUCUUUCACGCGUCAUCUCAAUCUUGAUCCUUGGCUGGGUGCCAAUCUUAGCGCUAUCAUGUCUACAUUCUUGUUCUUUAGCAAAAUUAUUAUUGGUUAUAUCAGUGAUCGCGUAGGACGUUUCAACAUGGCCGUAAUCUGUUGCUCGGUAUCUUGUAUAGCCCACUUGGCAGUUUGGCUGACGGCUACUUCUGAAGGAUCAAUGUGGGCGUUCGCCGUUCUGUAUGGCUUUUUUGGAGGCGGCUAUAUUUCAAUGAUUACUGCCGUAAUUGUUGAAGUUGUCGGCUUGGACCGCGUUGAAUCUGGCACUGGUUGGACUUUCUUCGCUUGGAGUUUCGGUGGGUUAUUGGGGCAGCCAGUAGCUGCAGCAAUUGUAGACCGCAAUGGGGGCGACAGUCGAGAUUAUCAAGGUGCUAUCAUCUUUGCUGGCUGUCUCUUCUUUGCUAGUGCAAGUGCCUCUAUGAUUCUUCGAGUUGUGCAAGGUGGCUGGAAGAUUUUUAAGAAAGUUUAA